AUGGCCAAACAAUCAGUGCCAGAGCUGGAGGUUCAAGACUUGGAUCCACAGGGGCACGCAACAGUUACAUUCAGAUACAAUCCUGAGACUCAAAGGCUUCAAGUCCAUCGUCCCCAGAGAUCCUUGUCGCCCAAGAAAUCCUUGCUCACCAAAUGCAUGGGCCCCUUUCUGCCAGCGGGAUACCCUGGCUCCGUCAGACCAGAUUAUACUCCGUACCAGAUCUACGAUUCUGUGCAGGCUUUUGCCUCUACCAUUGCAGGACUACUAGCCUCGCGGGCCGUCUUCGUUGGCAUGGGUGUAGGGUCUGAGGACGCCUCGCUUGUGACCACCAUGUUGUUGUAUAUCGCGCAAGAAACCAUCGGCCGGGUUGCGACAAUCUUGUUUGCCUACCAGUUUUCGCAGAAAAUCGAAGCAGAAGUCAAGUUCUACCGCUUCUUUGCCGACAUAGUCAACGAUAUUGCCUUUGUCCUAGACUGCUUGAGCCCUGGUCUGCCACUGUUGGGGCGAAUCUGUACUCUUUGCGUCAGCAAUGCGUGCAGAGCGGUUUGCGGAGUUUCUGGCGGGAGCAGCAAGGCCAUUUUGAGCUCCCACUUUGCAAAGGAAGGCAAUAUCGGAGAGCUCAAUGCCAAAGACGGCAGUCAGGAGACUGUCGUGAGCUUGGUCGGUAUGUGGGUCGGAGGUCUGCUUGUCAGCAAGGUGCACGGCACUUUUGAGACAUGGUGCUGCUUGAUACCCUUAUUGGCAAUGCAUCUGUGGGCGAAUUGGAAAGCCGUGAAGAGUGUGCGUUUGACUUCGCUCAACAAGGACAGAGCCAUUAUUUUAUUCAGCGCGCUUCUUCGAGGCAGGGCAAAAGGUCUGAGUGAGGUAGGUGAGGAGGAAUCGAUCUUGGGACUGGGACAGAUGUUCCGUACCUCCAAUUGCCAUGAGGACUUCCAGGUCGGUGUUAGCGUGAACAAGUUCCUACGAACCUUACCUGAGGGCGAGAACAAUCCUUCGGGAAGAGACCUCUGGUUUUCUCAGCUGCUCAGGGUAUUCCAGGACGAAGACUAUGUGCUCUGGUGGGAUGUGCGGUCAAAGCAAGGAUUUGUGCUGCUGAAAGAAUCGGCCAGGGGUGAAACACAGGCAAAGGCAAUCUGCCAAUUGCUUCGAUUAUCAUCGCGAGUGAAAGCCAACCCAAAUGUUGCCAACUUGUCGCAGCAGCAUGCCCUUGUGCAAGGACGACAAGACAUUUUCGAGGCCACCCAGCAUCCUGAACAACACGUACUGCCUUCCACUUCAGAGGAAAAGCUCGACACUCACAGCCAUUCCUCGCAGCUAUACGAUGGACUCGACCCAGCUAUUCAGCUGAUCGUUGACACAUUACGGGAAAAUCGACAAGAAUGGAAAAAUAUGCAGGACCUUGUGCUGCGCCUUGGCUGGGAUCUCGAUCUCACAAAUCUCGGGAGAGGUCCUUGUCACCGCAUCCGCGUGAACAGCGCUCCAUUUGAGGACAAGAAAGACAGAUGA